ACUUGAGGGAGUACACUAAGCGAAGGACCUUGGAUGGCUUCCGCAUGAACAAGAAUCUCACUGACCAAUCGAAGGUGAAUGAGGCUUAUGCUGAAGCUAAGGCACAACUUGUGGUUUUAGAGAGGUCUGUUAAGUUUCACUCCUUAUAUCCUCCCAAGACCAAGAACAUCAUGGAAGUCAAGCUUCAGUAGACGUACAUUUAUACAAAUGAAGAAGUGAACAUUGUUGAAGAUAUGUCUUGGAUUGGAGCUGAGAUAGACUUAAACGGAAUGAUGAGUUCCUGGCUUUUUUUUGCUCUUCUUAAUAAUCUCAUCUCACACGAUUGUGCAGUUGUUGCAUAACAAAUGUUCCAACUUGUCUGGAGUUUCUGUAUUCUCAUAUAUGUCAUAUUUUAGCACUGAUACUGGUAGGGUAUAAAUCUGUGAUCCAGACACAUAA